GUCUGGUUUUAGAGAAAUCAUUGGGGAUGCUUUUAUGAACAUGACAUUUUGCUCUCUUUUUUAGUGAAAGACCCAUGAUGCAGAUACCAAGACGGAGAACAUGAACUAUUUAUAAAUGUGGAUAAAUGUUGCAAGUCUAUAUUAAAGCACCCCUAUGUUCGCUUCUGGUGUAUUGUGUGACCUUUGGGCAUUGUGCACUCAUGUAUGAGUAUGUGAAAAAUGACUCGCUCGAAGAUCUUUUGUAUUCAGCAGCCAAAGCUCGGAUGAAGAUUGCUUCUUGGAAGUUCCCUAUGCUCUGGAGUAAGAUAGUUUGUGAAGCCUGUGAAAAAAAGAAGAUGAAAAGAGAGAUCAAAAUACUUCAGAAUCGCUCUGGUGGUCCAAAUAUCAUGAAGCUGCUUGAUAUCGUUAGAGAUCAGCAUUCAAAGACACCAAGCUUGAACUUUGAAUACAUUAACAACACAAAAUUCAAAUAUGAUGACGAUUCUCUGAAUUUUGGUUGCAUUGACUAUGUGUAUAUUACAGAUGAUUCAGUAGUCCCCAUGUCAUGGAUAGUUUAUUGGACUUUUUCUUGAUUCAUUUGCAGUUGGUGAAUAUUUUCCUUCCAUUUUGUUUAGUACUAAAUAGCUUAGUGCUCAGUUUGUGGAUGCUGGAACGGAAGCGUUUCUUGUAAGACUAUGGUUCGAUAUAAUUUCAUCAAUAAAUCUCUUUUGUAAA